AUGUCAACUUCUUCAAGGUUAAUUUGUGAUAACAUAGAAAACGCAAAUCUUGUUCCUGAAGAUUUACUCUCAGAUGGCAUUGUUAAUGGGGUUUUAUUAAAAAAAUAUCACAAACCAAUCUUUAACGUCAUUAAGAAUUAUAAUUGUAUUAAUGAACUAUAUUCGUAUGAUUCUGAUAUAUUUAAAGUUAAAUUAGAUAAUUACCAGAAGAAAUUUAUCGAUUUACGUAUUAAGCACGGAUAUGCGACCAUGCAAAAUCUUCGGAAUGAUGAUAAGAAAUUUUACAACGCACUAGGUUCUUUUUUAACACAAUUGGAAUUGGUUUGGAAAAUGCCGUUAUAUCAACAAAAAUCACCUAAUCUUAAUGAAAGAUCAUACACACAUCAAGUCGUCAAGAAUUGGGGUCAUUCAGGACCAAGUCGACUUCCUGAU